UCCAUCUAUAGUUUGACACCUCUAAUAUUUAACAUAACACAACUUAUGUUUACAUUAAAAAAUUGCAAAAAUGUCAUAUUUAUUGACUGAAAUAGCUCUAGAAAUGCUAGGUUAUAAAUUUUAUGACAUUGAUGGAAAUCUCGGUCCUACAAGUUUUCAGCAAAUUAGUAUGGGACAGCAAUUUCAAUCUACCGACCUCAAUGCUGAAUCUCUACAAUCACUUCUAGGAUUGGAUGAAGAUAAUGGGAAUGAAAAUGCCCCAGUUGACUGUAUUCGCGAAAGUACUGUCCACCGUGCCCAAAACGGUUUGAAAAAGCUUUUAGAUCUUGAAUACGGAAGGCUUCGUAGUCAACUAGAACAAGCUAUUCAUUGUGAUACAGCAGCUUUUAUUGAUUAUAACGAUGCUAAUCCAAACGAAGAGAGCAUGAAUCAAGGUUACUUGAGGAGAUUUGUCCUCAACGAACGGGAAAAAAUGGAGAGAGAAGCGCAAUCAUUGCAGUCUUUUCGCAAUUUGGUUGAAAAAAACGUAUUUACAAUGAAUCAAGAGGUUUUUAUGCAAUAUAAAAAAGUUUUCGUUAGUAGUAAUAAAGCAAAGUUGAAUUAAAGCAAGA